CAAAUUUGAGAGUUAUUUGUAAAAUUUCUGUGGUGAAAUAAGAAGAGAAAAAGCUAAUGGAACUCAUAAUAAUCUUCGGCUCAUCUGCCCCAGCCCUGGUCACACUUUGAUUACAUCAUGGCAAACAAGGAAGUGAGGGUUCUUGGUUCAUGGGCGAGCCCUUUCGUGAUGAGGGCCAGAAUUGCCCUAAACAUCAAGAAACUGGACUACGAGUUUCUGCAAGAGCAGCUGGGCAGCAAGAGCGAGUUGCUGCUGAAAUCCAACCCCGUUCACAAGAAAAUGCCAGUACUCAUUCAUGGCGACAAGCCCAUCUGUGAAUCUCUCGUUAUUGUUCAGUAUGUUGACGAGGUUUGGAGCUCUGGUCCCUCAAUCCUUCCCUCAGAUCCCUACGAUCGGGCCAUCGCUCGCUUCUGGGCUGCUUAUAUUGACGAUAAGUGGUUUCCAUCAUUGAGUGGCAUACCCAGAGCUCAAGGAGAGGAAGCCAAGAUGGCAGCAAUACAGCAAGUGAGAGAUGGUCUAGAGUUGCUGGAAGAUGCCUUUGUGAAAUGCAGCAAAGGUAAGCCUUUCUUCGGCGGUGACAGCAUAGGAUACCUCGACAUUGCGCUUGGCUGCUUCUUGGGUUGGCUGAGAGUCAAAGAGAAAUCGAAUGGUGUGAAGCUGCUAGAUGAAACCAAAACACCCAACCUGGCGAAAUGGGCCGUACGGUUUUGCAGCGACGUUGCUGUGAAGGAUUUGAUGCCAGACACUGACAAGCUUGCAGACUUUGCUAAGGUCCUCAUGGCCAAGUUCAGAGCUCCUCCUCCUUCCAACUGAUCGAACUAAUAUUAAUCAAUAAGUUUUUUCAAACUAUUCUAGACGGAGCCAGAAAGAGGGUUUUGAUUUAGUACGCGGUUUGUUUUUCUUUUCUAAUUGGCGUCUUUCUAUCUUUUGCAAGCAGAUGAUGGUAUCCCAUCUGUUUUUUCUUUUUUUUUUUUUCCUUAGCUUUUCCGUUCCAGAAUGAAUAAUUAGAACUAUGGAAAUGGAAUUAUGACAUUUAAGUAGAUGAUGGUAUCCCAUCUGCUUCGAGUACUGUGAUUUUCUUGAUCUAAAACAUAAGAUACUGGGCUGCGCUAGCCCAAUUGGGCUCGGCUCGAUGGAGGCCCA